UGUCUAUUCACAAUUUGAAGGCGACUGGUCUGUUGGUUUUGCUGAUUGUUAGCAAAUGAACUCCAAAUUGAAAUCUAAGUUGAUUAGUUCUUAAAAUUUCAUCUAGAAACAAAGAGUUUUUAUGUUUUGAUAGCUUAAAUCCUGAAUCCAAUAUCGGACGUAAUGGUAUUACCAAGAAGUUGGAGGACAGUAGUUUCUUCUUUAAAAGAAGCUGGUGCGGAGUUAGGGUUGAGUUGUAUGGUUUUAUCUCUGCAUAAAUCGGAACAUGGCUCGAAAGUUUUCUCGCCUUUGUACAGUUGCCUGCAUGUACAGAUCAAUUACUGGAGCCAAAUUGCAACCACCAAUCUUGCCCUGCACAUUCCAGUCUCGUCCACACACUAUACUCCAUGGCUAUUGUUAUCCUAUGCUCCAACUUCAAGCAUUGAGAUCAUAUGCACGUAACAGACGUUCCAAUUAUGAUCUAUUUGGUGGCGGUAUACCUAAACCAGAUGAGUUUAAGAAAGCCUGGGCAAAACAAAUGGAUGACGAAGAGAGCCGUCUUUGGACAGCAAGUGAGGAUGAAAGUGACUCCGAUAAAACUGAUAGUCAUAGCCGUCUCAAGAAAGAGAUUAGGAAAGCUAAACAACGAGCAAAAGAGCAAGACAGUCCUAUUGAUGCAGAUGAUAGUGACGAACUGAGAAGUCUGUGGUCCGAUAGUGAUGAAGAGAAGACAUUAUGGACCGGUAGUGAAGGAGAUGAUGAUGAUGAUAUUCCAACUGAACCAUAUCCGAAUGAAAAGAGUGAUAGCUACAUUGAUAAACUGUUUGAAUUUGAGGAAAAACCUCAAUAUAGAACGCUCUCUGAAGCCUUGAAAUCUGAGCAGGAACCUGAAGAGUUAUCUCCUGGAAAGCAAGCUAGAAAAAUUGCAGUGGAAAAUGCCCUUAAGAAAUUGAAAAAAGGACCUGAUGGGCGUUACAUCAAUGUUUGGGAGGUUAUGAGCGAUGUGGACAUUCUGAUUGGUGCUUUUGAGAACAUCAUUUCAGGGCCAGAGUACGCUGAGCUGAGACAGGGAGGACCUAAGCAAUUGAAUAUGCAAUUUUUCAAAGACAUACAAGCUCGUAUGAGAGAUCCAAACUAUAAGUUCUCUCCUGAAAUGAAAUUGAAACCAAAGAGCAAAGUGGUACCUAGAAAGAAAUGGCAGAAAGCAGAGUCUAGGCGUAGGAAAGCACGGAAACGAUAGCUUCAUGGAGGUGCCAUUUCUUUUAGCAUCUAAAUAUUGUACCAAUAGAUUUAUGUCUCAGGCGCAGAUUCCAUGCGUCUUUAGCUAUUAGAUCAGAGAAAAUUCAGGUCUAGAAGAAGAUGUGUCAGCAGUUGGUGGACUUGCUUACUGCUUUCUGUAAAUUAUUCAUGAUUGCUCUUAUGUAGGCAUUUUAUUUAGAUUACUUAUUCUUGCUACUGAAUGGGAACCUGAAUUUCAUAA